AUGUGCGGAGAGCAAGGUGGAGACAGCUGCAGUGCGCUCCCAGGUGCUUCGCUUGUAUCGUUCCUCGAGCUGUGCUUCAGGCAGCAGAACCGUCGGAAACGCGACGACGCGCAGACAUUGCAGCAGAGGAAAGGACCCAAGAACGCUUACCGGCUGUCAGAUGAUCCAAUUAGGCCCCACAUCGCGGCGGGCGCUGGGCAGCAGACGGAACACAGCGCUCUUGCCAGAAAAUUAAAUUCUGCGAAAGAGUGUCCACCUCGGCCCUGCCGCAAAGGCUUGGGGAGAACUCGGAGCAGUGCCUUGACGAGGCAGCAGAUUGUUAUUCAUGACGGCGGCCCCGAGUACUUCGAUCCGAUAGGAAAGACAAACGAAGGCUGUGGAAGAGCCGAUUGGCAUUCAGGGACGGAGCUGUCGUCCGCCGGUCUGCAAACGGUGGCUCCCCGGCCCGGCGCGGCGCGGCCCGGCCCUCCGGGAGAUUGGCCUGUGUUAGCUCGUCGAGCACCCAAUCCCCGCACAGGGCGGCACGCGCGCCGGUUCCAGCCCAUCACCCGGCCUGCAGUCGCCGCCAAACGGAGAUUUGCGUUUCGCACACACCGCACUCUUGCCAGACGGUGGUACCGGGGCCGCGGCGGGCAAAGCGUUGCUGUGGCGACGGACGAGCGCGUGAUCCAGGUGGGCGGCAGCCUGUACCUGCGCAGCGCCCAGCUGGAGGACUCUGGCCGCUACACCUGCGUCGUCAACAACAGCGUGGGCAGCGAGCGCGCCUCCACCUCGCUGCUCGUCACCAAGCAGCUGUCUGCCUACAUGAGCCCACAGGUGCAGGUGGUGGACGUGGGGAAGACGGCGCUGUUCAACUGCACGACGGACGGCCACCCCAAGCAAUCGGUAGUCUGGCUCAAGGACGCACAGCUGCUCACCCCCUCCAGCAGGGUGCGCCUGCUCGCCUCAGAGAAAUUUCUGAAGAAUAAUUUGUUUUACUGGUUGCAGACACUGAAAAUAGCGCACGUAGAAAGAUCAGAUAGGGGGAUGUACCAAUGUGUGGUGUCCAAUUCAGAAGAAACCGCACAAGGAACAGCUCAACUGAAGCUUGGCGACGCAACGCCGGUGCUGCUGCGCACGUUCGCGAACGCGACGCUGGCGCCCGGCUCUGCGUGGUCGGCGCAGUGCGAGGCGUCGGGCUCCCCGGCGCCCGCCGUCUCCUGGGCGCUGGACGGCGCGCCGCUCGAGUCGUCGCCGGGCGGGGAGCGCGUCGCCGUCAGCAACCGCGUCACCGCCGACGGCGUCCUCAGCUACCUCAACGUGUCCGCCCUGGCGCCAGAGCACGGGGGCCGCUACGCCUGCUCCGCCACCAACGCCGUCGGCUCCGUCACGCACCAGGCGUACCUGCAUGUGAUUGGCCCACCGUAUAUCAAACCGAUGCAGGACAAGAGAGUGGUUGCCGGAACGACUGUCACCUUCAACUGCUAUGUCACAGGGUACCCCAUCAGCAGCAUUUACUGGGAGAAAGAUGGAAGACCUCUUAUUGAUACUCACCGCCAAACGGUGUUUUCAAAUGGAACGCUUCUGAUUAGAGACAUCCGUAAAGUGGACGACGAGGGCGGUUACGUCUGCGUGGCCAGCAACCCAGAUGGAGACACCGCCAGAAGGAAGAUGAAUGUUCAAGUUAUGGAGGCGCCGGAGAUAGAUCCCAUAUUGGUCAAGUCUAACCUUCAGCGAGGAAUGAGAAUCCAUCUGACAUGUAUUAUCAGUAAAGGAGAUUUCCCAGUGUCCAUUCGUUGGCUAAAAGAUGGCAAGGCAAUUCCUCAUGGGCAAGGAAUCACAGAAAAGACAAUAGACGAUUACUCGAGCACACUGAGCUUCAACGGCCUCGCUGUGAAUCAUUCUGGAAAUUAUACUUGUCAGGCGUCGAAUGCGGCAGCCAUCACGAACUACACGGUACCGAUCAUAGUAAAUGUACCUCCGUCGUGGCAAACAGAGCCCAACGACACAGAGGUAGUGCUUGGUAGCAGUCUUAUGGUGGACUGCGCAGCUGAUGGUUCUCCCAUGCCACGCAUUCAGUGGAAAAAGGAAUCACCAAUUCCUGUGUCUCCGUUCCAAGAUAUACACAGAACAGAAAAUUUCAAAGUUCUUGAGAAUGGCAGUCUGUGGAUACAAGACGUGCUUCUAGAAGAUAAAGGCUAUUACGUCUGCGAAGCCAAUAGCGGUAUCGGAGUUACUCUCAAUAAGGGAAUCUACAUCACCGUACAUGUCCCAGCAAGGUUUUCCACAGCAUUUCACAACGUUACUGCGAGAAAAGGCAGCACUGCAAUACUGGACUGCGUAGCUGACGGAGAUAAACCACUAGAAAUAAAAUGGCACCAUGCAAACCGCUUGCUUAAACCGGAUCACGUAAAAAUGGACGUGAAGGAAGAAAAGCUGGAUUUUGGGCUUCGCUCAAAACUGACGAUAAAGCAUGUUCAUCGAGACGAUUCGGCUUUAUUCGGAUGCUUAGCCAGCAAUAAAUAUGGCAGUGACCGCAUAGAAUUCCAUCUGAUUGUUCAAGAAAACCCAGAACCACCAUUUAACGUUCGUUUGAUUAAUUUUUCGAGCAGAACAGCCAAUAUUAGCUGGGAGAUGCCUUAUGAUGGAAACAGCCCGAUACACACUUUCAUUAUACAGAUCAAAAAUGUUUCAGGUUCCUGGGACAAUAGUCGACGUGCUGCAGUGAGCGGCACUCAGAAGAAAGCUUCCGUCAUUGGGCUUCAUCCUGCUCACAGCUACCAGCUGCGGGUACUUGCAGAAAAUUCUGUUGGUAUGUCUAACGCAAGUGACGUCGUGUCUGUUACGACAACAGAAGAAGUACCCGGUGGGCCACCUCGUGAUAUACAAAUCAAAGUGAGAAAUUCGGAGGCCCUGCUUAUCACUUGGAAGCCGCCAGAAAUUCAUCUACAACAUGGUGAAAUCACGGGGUACCAUGUCGGUUAUCGAGUGAGAAAUUCAACAGACCCUUUCCAUUUUAAGACCUACGAAGUAAUUCCAGGUACAGAUCUGCAAAUAACCUUGUCAAAUUUGCGCAAGUUCACCGAAUACAAUAUCGUCGUGCAAGCUUAUAACAGGGCUGGUGCGGGACCUCGGAGUGAGGAAUACAUUGCUUCAACUGACGAGGACGUUCCUGGAGCUCCUCCAACUGAUGUACAGUGCACUGCUUUAUCAGCGUAUAGCAUUCUGGUUCUGUGGUCACCACCUCCAGUCAAAGAAAUAAAUGGCAUCCUAGUGGGCUACAGAGUUGUAUACCAUGCGCUUUCCAACUGGGAUGAUAUGAUUACCAUGGAUGAACAUACAACAAUAGAGAACAAGUUAGAACUUUUGGAUCUCGUUCCUUUCUGUAAUUAUAGCAUAGAAGUGAAAGCCUUCACACGAAAGGGGGAUGGAGUGCCUAGUCGACCUAUCUUCUGCCGAACACAGGAAGAUGUUCCAGGAGAACCUGAAGACAUUAAGGCACUGGUUAUGGAUUCAAGAACAAUACUAUUGUCCUGGAGAGCUCCUAAAUAUCCGAACGGAAGAAUUAAGAAAUACAAAGUAUACAUGCGGUCCAUAGAUGGGGUUGGAUUGGACAGGGACCAGUACGAUUUGCCUUCAGAGCAGACCUACUACAGUAUAUCGCAUUUGGAAACUCACCACAGAUACGAAUUUUGGGUAACUGCCUUCACUAUCGUCGGAGAGGGCAAUCCAUCGAGACGAGUGGUACAGGCACCAACCAACCACGUUCCAGCCAGAAUUGCUUCAUUCAGUGAAUCGAUGACGGUGGCAUGGAAGGAAGAGCUUAGACUGCCAUGCUUAACAGUGGGACAACCCGCUCCACUUUUACACUGGACUAAAGGUGGAAAAACUGUCCAAGGAAACAGACAUGUACAGAUCAAUUCUGAAGGCACAGUUUAUAUCAGCUCCGUGCAGAGCACGGAUGCAGGAAACUAUUCUUGUUCAGCAGAAAACGUUUUCGGGAAGGAAGAAAUUGUAUAUUCCGUAUCUGUCCAAGAGAGCAGAAGCAAAGGCAUUCCAUCUGCUCCAACAGACUUUCAAGCAGCUUCUCACUCUACAUCCACCAUCAGCCUGUCAUGGCUGCCACCUCCAUCAAGAGGGAGUACUGUAAAAGGUUAUUAUCUACAUUUCAAAAGAGAAUUUGGUGAGUGGGAGAAGAUAAAGAUCCCUGCUCAUGAAUCACAUUUCACUUUAAAAAAUCUCCAGUGUGGUACCAGACAUCAGUUCUAUCUUCAAGCAUUUAAUCAGCUAGGUCAGAGUUCUCCAACCCCUACAAUAUCACAGCGGACUCAAGGUUCUGCUCCAGUAGCACCUAACAUUUUUGACCUCAUACAUGUCAAUUCAACCUCAAUUUCUCUAAAUGUUUCGUCAUGGGGUGAUGGUGGCUGCCCCAUUACAUCAUUUGUAGUGGAGUAUAAAUUGAAACAUGGAGUGGACUGGACAUUGGUGUCAAAUAAUGUCAAGUUUGACCAAACAGAAUUUUUGGUGCUUGACUUGAAUCCAGAGACAUGGUAUACACUUCGAAUGACUGCACAUAAUAGUGCUGGAUCAACUAUCUACAAAUAUGAUUUUGUAACUCUUACUCAUUCAGGAGCUAUUGUUGCUCCAGAGCUAAUUGUUCACUCUGGUUAUGGGCAAGGUAGUUUACUGAAUGAUUUAGGAAUAAUAAUACCAACAGUGGCUGCCUUAGUAAUCAUAGUUGUUUCUGGUGCUGGAUUUUUCUUGUACAUGAGGAAAAAACAGGAAAUGUUUCAAGUGAAUAAAUAUGGAGAGAAACCAUCAGAGAUAGGACUUGUACCUGAUGUUGGGAAGGUUGGAGGAUGUGAAUCUGAUACAACUGCAGGAGGCAGUAAUGGCUGUAGUGGAAUGAUGAGCUCAAGUCCACAUGAAUCAGUCUGCUUGCCCACACCAAUGCGUGUGUCAUUGGGACGCAGGCAAGAUAUUAGUCCAUAUGCAACUUUCCAGGUCCCCAAUUCCAUGGGGAGUGAAGGCGCAGUGGAAGGUGUCCCACUCACUAUGGACCAUUGCCCUCAGGGUCAGCCUCUGGAAGGAGUCAAUGUUGACAUAUACAAGUAUGGCAGCAGUGCAGAUUCUGUCUACACAAAAAUUUGUAAAACAUCACAGUAUGAUGAUGAUGCUGUGGACUGGAUCCCACUUCACAGUUUGUACAAAUCCCACAGGUACUGACAUUAAACUGUUUUGUGGCAAGCAGGCCUCUGUCUUCCAAACCAUUUCCUCCAAUUUGUGACAUUUGCAUACAAACAAAUGAGGAGGAGUUUAUGGAUUUAAUGGUCUACAAUACAUUCAAGUGCCUUUUUCUAAAAUUUUGUAGGUACAGUUUUCAAGUUGCCAGUCAAAAGAAAAUAUUUCCUCAGCUACACCUUAAGUGCCCACUGUGUACAAGUGCUUGAGGCUUCUGCACCCUCAAUGUAAUGCAGUACACUGAAGCACAAUAACUGGAAGAAUAAUGUGAGAAACAUAUACAUGCAAAGGCUUAAAAAUAUGUGUCAAUUUCUCAGUGUUCCCUUCCAUUUGUAUGGCAUACAUUUCAGAAUAAAUGCAUGUGGAAUAGCUGGAAAAUCCCUUUGCAAUAUUUGUUGCAUCAUUGUUGUGACUAUAUAAUACUACUCAUUAUUGUAUGAAUUUUUAUAAUUGAUUGUAGCAGUAUUUGUGUCACUGAGUUUUUCAAGAAGUCCUGUGCAGAUGUAUACAAGAUAAUAUACCAAAAUACUGCAAUCCACAAGUAUUUAUUUUGGACAUAUUAAAUAAAUACUUCAGUAAGUGUACUUCAAUGGGGUAAAUAAUCACACAUCAUUAGUGUUUUAAGUUUUGAAUGCAACAGUGUUAACCAUGUUGUCAUGAAUGAAGUCAUGCUCACAGGAAGUUAACAGGUACGCUGACAUUUAGAACAGGCCAUAAUGUCACAGUGAUUAAAAACGAUAAGUAAAAUAUGUGAAUUGAAGAUGGUAUCUAUAGUAUUGUUUGUCAAGUAUUUGACAUAAGAAAUGCUCUUCUGUUUUGUAAACUUGUUACAUGAUGUAUGUCUGUUUAUCUCACCAGAUAAUACUUUGAAGCUUCUUGUACUUCUUGAAAAUUCAAACAACAACAGAUGGAAGUAACU